ACCAGACAGCAGAGAGUUCUAUCUUCAGACUGCUGCAGUAGAAGAAACCUCACCUGCAGGGUUGAACACAGUACAGGAUGAUCCAGAUUCUGGAACCCCGUUCUCUUCCACGAUCGAUUAUGCCUGUUGAUGUUGCGGUUAGAAUAUGCUUAGCACAUUCUCCUCCACUGAAGAAAAUUCUUAGCCCUUACGAAGACUGCAAGGCAAGGAACUUUGUCAAUCGAUUUAAGCCACUUCGACCAUGCCUCUCAUUAAAGAAAGAAUCAGAUUCAAGAAGCAGUGAGUGGAAUCGGUCCAAAACCCGAAAUAAAAAGAAGGUCAUCUUUGCAGACUCUAAAGGGCUUUCCCUGACCUCAGUGCAUGUGUUUUCAGAUUUUAAGGAAGAACCAGCUGCCGAACUUCAGUUUAAUCUGAUAAAUUUGGAGGAUAUCACAGCCAGUUUAAAGUUACAUGAAGAAAAGAACUUGAUCUUGGGAUUCACAGAGCCCUCCUCCGAUUAUCUACAGUUCCGCAGCCGUAUCCAGAAAAAUUUAAUCUGCCUGGAAAACUGUAGUCUUCAAGAAAGGUCCAUAGCUGGGACCAUUAAGGUAAAAAAUCUGAGCUAUGAAAAAACCGUGAAGGUCAGAAUAACCUUUGAUACCUGGAAAACCUACAAAGAUGUAAUCUGUUCGUACAUGAACAACGUCUACGCAAGCACAGACAACGAUACAUUUUCAUUUGUUAUCGAUAUCCCUCCGAACAUUCCCAGCCAUGAAAAAAUGGAGUUUUGUCUGUCAUAUGAAAGUGAUGGCCGAGUCUUCUGGGACAACAACGAAGGACAAAAUUACUCUGUAAUUCAUGCAGAAUGGAAAUCUGAUGGUGUGCAAACUCUGACACCAACUAAAACAGACAUAACCUCAUACAAAUCCCAAAAGAUAAAACAAAAGAAUGACUUUGAUCAGUUUGGAAGUCCUAGGACAUCAGCUGGUCUUUUUGCUGAAUGGCAGAGCUGGGGUAAAAUUAUAAACACAUCACCCUAUUGGUAAAAAUAACCAGUCAUUGGCUAACGAUUUUACUUAUUAAGGGCACACUGUGCCUGUAAGAGCUAAAAUAUGCAACAAGCUAAUUGCAUGUAAAUCUGCUCCAAGCUGUGUUAUUGUCGUCGUGCCACUGUGAACAUACUCAAGCACAGCAAGCUUUUAUGAAGUACAUAUUAAGGUUCUUAGAGACAAUAUGUACAACAUUAACUCGUUAAACUCGUUCAUUGCACUAAACAUUACUGUGCAUAAACAUUACUGGGAGAAAUAUUUGCUAUUAAUUUGAAAAUUAAAAAUGAUAGCUAUAAUAACCCUUACAAAAAGAUUUUAGGAGCCGGUCUUUUAAAAUCCAAAGAUGUUUUUUGCAAGUGACUUAUGUAAUUGUAACCAUUUACACUAUUUGAAUAGUCCUUGAAAUUUGAAAAAUGAAAUAAUUAACUAUAAACCAGGGACCCCCAACCACCUUUUAUCAUAGAGAGCCAUAGGUGUUUUGCAACAUUUAACAAAUUAUAUUCCCCUCCUUAGAUGAAGGAUUGAUUAAAAGACAUUUGAGUGUCAGAAAGGUAUACAAAGUACUCGGGUAUUCAUGCACAGCUGUUUAAUAGCCAUAUAGUAGCCUAUAGCAGCAUAAACUCUAUGAUGUUAUGUUAAGUGCCUUUUAUACAAUGUUGCCAAACAUGAUGUGCAAGGUUGGAGGCUGUCUAACCGAAAUAUUUUCUAGCAGAACAAUUUGUGUCCGCGUGUGCCAUACAGAAAUGAUGCAAAGCCAAAUUGUAUAUUCACACUACAUUGGCACUUCUGCAAUGGUUUUUUUUUUUUUUCAUACGACUCUCUUGCACUCAAUAUAUAUUUUAACUGCCCCAAUUAUCUGAUGUUUGGGAACAGAAAAUAAUGAAAAACAAUCAGUAUUAAAUACACAAAGAGGGUUUAAAACUCAGGAUCACAAAAUAAUGUUGGUCCCUUUGCAAUUGAUACAUCUUUUCAAAUAAUUAGUGACAGUUUGUGUCCACAAUUGUUUAUGACAUAACUACAGGAGUCACAAAAUUCAGAUCCUUCACAUUGAAGGUAAUAAGAAUGUGUUGCACCUUUUCAACAUUAAUUUGGUAUGUAAUAGAAUUGUAGUUUCCUUAAAGAAAGGAUGAGUUGAUUGUAGUUGAUGUUUUUUGCACAUUUUUAGGCAAAGCCUUUGAGAAUUGCUAUUUCAGGAUACAGAUGUCUUGCCCUAUUAUUUGGAUACAUUUUAUCAGAUGUCUUUUAUAGCAGUGAUGUAUUUUUCGCUUGGAUAAUCAUUUUAAUCCUAUUUUUUCUUAAUUCUUAAAAAAAAAGAGAGAGAGAGAGAAAAAUACAAAACUUGUGCACUUUUGGAUCCCAAUGGUUAAAGAAAACUUCUGUAUUUUUCUAUUUUAUAGCGGGUUUGGAUGUGUAAUAUUUUUAAAUUUAAGCAGCAUUUGUAAGCUGAUGGGUAUUUGUGUUAGAAUAAAAGUAGGAUUUGUUUGUGUUUCUAAAACAAAAUGUGAUGUUCAUUAAGAAUGACAGCAAUCGUUCUUUCGGUGUGAUUGUAUUAUGUUCUAAGAAAAUGGUUCAUAAGCUCUAGUUAUAACUUAUCAGGUAAGACAUACUGAACUGCAUGUGUAUUUUAAGAGGUGGAUGUAUAAAUAACAAAGUGAUUGACAGAUUCAGAUUCAGAUCAGAGUCAGAAUAAGGGGGUAUGGUUUUAAGGUCGCAAAUGAAAAAGGAUUUAAGGUCUGGAGUAUACUGUACAUUAAUCUAUCCUGACAAUUUCAAUUUUAUGAUGUUUUAAAAGGAUAGGAUACAGAAACAGACUUAAUGGACCUGACAUCAAAAUCUACCGUAUGUCAGUGUAAGCACAAAUCCAUGUUUGAGAUUGUUUGUUAAAAACACGUAUGUGGAGAUCUUCCUUAUACUGCAGACAAAUGAACAUGUGACUUUUUCUAAUUGUUCUCUAAAAUGUGUUCCCUAAUGUAAUGUUUGAACACUGUAAGAUUGUCCAAUAAUAAAUUAUGUUUUUUAUAUAAUGA